AUGGGUGUGGGCUCGGCUGACCAGGCAGAGGACCGAAUAGCGGAAGGGGACUUGACUAAGUUCAGUCCCAAUGUUGUUAAGCCUAGCACCCGCGAACGCCUGGAGCAAUGGGGCUUGAGCACAGCGUCCGAAGGCGAGCUCUCCAACAGCGCUGCAGCGAUUGGUGCAAUGGCAGGAGGGCCGUGUCAACUUUGUUACGUGUACGAGAAAUUGUCUCACAACGAAAGACGAGAAGAAGUACGGCGAAGUUUGCACGAGCUGUGA